ACUAAAAAGAGGGUUACUUAUCAACACGACAGGACUAUCUUUAUCGCUUUAAACGUUUCAUAAUAAAUUGGUAAGGUUUUGGAAAGAAAAAUUGAAUGAACUCAGUUUAUUUGAUUUGAUUUAUCUGACUGAAAACUUUGAUAACAGAAGCGAGUUAGAGAUCAUGUCAAAGUUUUUGAGAAUGGUUGUUUUUAUUGUCGGAAUAUGCAUGCUCGCGCUAUUUAAGCCAGCGUUUGGCCUAAGCCGACCAUCAACUAUUGUUUUAAAAAACAAUGGUUUUACAAACGUCGUUGUUGCAAUCCAUGAAAGUGUUCCGGAGGAUAAGACGCUCAUUGAUACAUUAAAGGAUGAAAUGAUAAAAGCAUCAAAAAUUCUUUAUGUUGCUACAAAACAACGAGCAUUUUUAAAAGAAAUAAAAAUCCUACUUCCUUCUACCUGGUCAAACGACGGCUCUUACCAGACGCCCACGAGCGAAAACUUAAGGUUUGCUGACGUCAUUAUAACAGAUCCAAUCCGAGGCAAGAGGAGCAUACCACAAACAAGAUCAUAUGAUGGUUGCGGUAAACAAGGAGUCCAUGUUCUUUUGACUAAAGAAUUUCUAACUACACCAAGAGCGGACCCGUAUUUAAAUAACCCUGCAAAGUUCUUUGUCCAUGCUUUUGCACAAUUUAGAUGGGGAGUAUUUCAAGAAUACGCCGAAGAAGGGGAGAAUGUUUUUUACAUGUCGCCAUCAGUUGGCCAACCAGAAGCCAUAAGAUGCACGAUCAUGAUCCGAGGAUUGGUACAAAAAAAUGAUGCUCGACACACAAUAUGCUACUCACACCUUCUAGCAGACAGACAACACGUAAUUGCUUCGAUAGAUGAUAAAACAGGUUUAUAUCACGCUGAUUGUCAAUGGAGACCAUAUCCAAACCAUCAGCGAACAAAGGCAUCGAUAAUGGACCAUCAGUUUAUUCAAGAGCUUGUUACAUUCUGUGGAGACGAUCCAAAAGACUACGCCACAUUUCAUAACAGCGAGGCUCCCAGUAAACAUAACCGACUGUGUGGACAUAAGAGUACUUGGGGAAUCAUCACUGAAACCGAUGAUUUUAGGGGUGGUAUUAACGCUCCAACGACUUUAUCAGAUGAUCAAAUUAAACCAACUUUUAUCGUUAUGAGAGCCACUUCACGGAAACGCCGCGCUGCCGUUUUAAUCAACCCAUCUUUAUUGACAGAGGGGCCACUUUCAAACAAAAUUGAACAAACACUCCAACAUUUAGAACACGAAGCUUCAAAGACAGAUUUAGAGUUAUCAGUUCUUAGAGAGGAAAUGACCAGUAUGCAGGGAAUAUUUGAUGAAGGCAAUGGUCACAAGUUGUACAAGAGCAAUACGUUAAAUGAACAGGACCGGUUUGAACAAAACUUUGAUAGUGUUAAUAAGAAUAAAACUCUAGACGAAAUAAAUGAUGGCGAUCUAGUUAUUGUAACAGACACCUUGACUGAAAACAUGAAGCAGAUUCUGACUGACAAAAGUAAAAGUGGUUUGAAGGUUUCUGUGGUUUCUGGCGAUCCGAACGAGAUGACCAACGACCACCAUGAACAUUUCAGCUUGCACCAUACUGGAGGAGCUAUAGGCCAUACACUUUUAGAUAGACUGAGAAAUGUACUUUUGGUAGAUAACGUAAAAACUGUAUUGAUAGGUCAAGAGGAAACUGAAUUACGAGGCAAUGAACCAGUUUCAAGAACAGUUGAUAUAGAUAAAACUCUUGGAAUGCAAAUUUCAUUCAUCUUUCAUUUUGAAGAAGAGCUGCCUUACAUUCGUAUAACAUCACCUAAUGGUACUCUCUACGGACCUGACUCAAACGUUUACUCUGUUGAUGAAACUUCAAAAGCGAUUCAGUUUUAUUUCCCGCACAUACAGGUUGGAACAUGGACGUACACCUUGUCACAAUCAUCGAUGACGUCACAAAAAGUACGUGUUACAGUUAUUUCUGAAAACAUCGCUGAACACGAAGACCCGCUAGUCUUGCGGCAGUCUGUAAAAUUUGCAGACGACACAAAUACAUCUGUGAUUCUUCAUGUUGACGCAACACAAGGGGCGAGUCCCUUGAUAGGCUUUAAUAUCACAGCAAAGGUAGGGACGCCAGAUGGAACAGUGGAUUACUUGACACUUCUAGAUAAUGGAGCAGGAGCUGAUAUAGCAAAGAACGAUGGCAUUUACUCGCGUAUUUACAUAGCGCCAAAACUAAGUGGAUCGUAUCACGUGACAUUCAUAGUGUCGUCUGGUGGUUCUGGGUCUGUUUUCAGGAAAGAAGAAACAGCGUCAGUCGUUAAUGAUGAGCUUAAUCCAGUCAGAAAAUCCGUUAGAAAGAUACCAUUAGACGGAAACAUUCAAAGGCAAAUUUCGGGUGGAACAAUAUUCUUGCGUUCCUCGAAUCUUAAUGACCUCAUCUUUGACGUCAUAGCACCAUCAAGAAUUAUUGAUCUCAGAGCGGUGACGUAUGUUCCAUACAGAAAAACAAUGGUGUUAGAAUGGACAGCUCCCGGCGACGACCAUGAUCACGGAAAACCUGAUAUCUACGAAUUUGUUGUCGGUUGUGGGGUCAAGGACGUUCGUCUUUUUUUGAACUAUCUCUCCUCUGGUGAUUACAAAGGUCAAGGUAACGUGAUACAAGAAACAUUCAACGCACGUGCAAAUGGAACUGAAAUUGAAACGUUUCUAUGGAGUACAGUUGGCAAUGACAAACCGUAUAUAUUUGCUAUUCGUGCUGUUGAUAGGUUUGGCAACAAAGGCCAAUUUUCAAACCUUGUCACAGCCUAACUUUUACCAUGCUGAUUUCCUGAAUACCUUGUUAUUGAAACUACCGAGAGUAGACUAAUUUUUUUAACUGUAUGCGCUAAAGAGAAAUAUUUCUAUUGCUUAGUAUAAUAUGUUACACUUUUUACAAACAUAAUAGAAAAAAAUCUCAUAGUUUUAACAGAAAUUUAAUCGACACUUACGUCCAUCAUUCAUUUGAUGACACCAUGAAAAAAUUCGGACAACACACAGUGCAGGCGCCAAUUUCGCUGACAUUGGUUAGUACGAACGUUUUGCUGGAAAAUUUGAAAAUAACAAAACUCACUUCAUAGAGAAACAUGUUAGAGGUCGACCCAUGAAAAAAGUAUAAUCGCUUCUUAAUUUUUGUCAAAUUAUACUAUUGUUAACUUUUUAAACACAUUCAUUAAAGAUGUUCCUCAAACUGGACAAUCAAAACCGUGUCUUGAGUUAUA